GACGGGCCCUUAUCUGCGGCGGGGCCGGGGCCAGCGCAGCGCGGCGGUAGCGGGCAGCGGCAUCGGGCGUGGGCACCAUGACAGAUCCCAUCCAGUCCCAGCCAGUGGCACUGGGCGCCUCCCGGGUCGAGCUCCGUGUGUCCUGCCAGAACCUGCUGGACCCAGACGCCGAGGCCAAGCCAGAUGCCUUUGUGGUGCUGAAGAUGCUCACUGAGGGGCAGUGGGUUGAGGUGGAGCGCACAGAGGUGCUGGCCUCCAGUCUGGACCCCAUCUUUGCUCAUGUCUUCUCCUUGGACUACUUCUUUGAGGAGAUGCAGGCCCUGCUCUUUGAGGUCAUCAAUGAGGCUGAGUCCCAAGACAGUGGCCCCUUGGGGGUGGCUGAGUGCACCCUUGGCCAGAUAGUCUCCCAGAGGAACGUCACCCUGCCGCUGCUGCUGGACACGGGCGAGGCCGCUGGGAAAGCCUCCAUUGUGAUCGAGGUCGAAGAGGUCUCCAGCACCAAUGAGCUUGUGCGGCUGGAAUUCCGGGCUCUGAAGCUGGACAACAAGGACCUCUUCAGCAAAUCAGACCCUUUCCUGGAGAUCUACAAGGUGAACAGCAAUGAAUCGGAGGAGCUAGUGAAGAGGACAGAGGUGGUUUAUAACAACCUGAACCCCAGCUGGGAGCCCUUCCGCGUGUCCCUCCACUCCCUGUGUGGCUGCGACCCCGACAGGACCAUUAAGUGCAUGGUGUAUGACCACAACUCCAGUGGGAAGCACGACUACAUUGGGGAGUUCACCACCAGCUUCCGGGAGAUGCAGGAGGUGGCCGACGGCAAUGAGGUGCAGUGGGAAUGCAUCAACCCCAAGUACCGGGACAAGAAGAAGAACUACAAGAACUCCGGCCUCGUGGUGCUGGCCCAGUGCAAGCGGGAGAAGGUGCACACCUUCCUGGAGUACAUCAUGGGUGGCCUCCAAAUCUACUUCACGGUGGCUAUCGACUUCACAGCCUCCAACGGGGACCCACGGAGUGAGCACUCACUGCACUUCAUCAACCCGCGGGAGCCCAACGAGUACCUGCAGGCACUGUCGGCCGUGGGCCAGAUCUGCCAGGACUAUGACAGUGACAAGAAGUUCCCGGCAUUCGGUUUUGGGGCACAGAUCCCGCCGGACUACGAGGUCUCCCAUGAUUUUCCCAUCAACUUUGACCCUGAGAACCCUGAGUGCGACCGGAUCGCGGGCGUGAUCGAGGCCUACAAGCGCUGCCUACCCCAGAUCCAGCUGUAUGGCCCCACCAACGUGGCGCCCAUCAUCAACCGUGUCCUGGCACCUGCUGCUGAAGAGGGGAACGGGCAGCCCACGCGGUACCGGGUGCUGCUGGUGCUGACGGACGGGGCGCUGAGUGACAUGCCAGCGGCUCGGGAUGCAGUGGUGCGGGCCUCACGCCUGCCCGUCUCCAUCAUCAUCGUGGGUGUUGGCCGUGCCGACUUCAGCGACAUGCGUGAGCUGGACGGUGAGCACGGAACCCUGGAGUCCGGGCAGGGCCGCGCCGCUCGCGACAUCGUCCAGUUCGUGCCCUUCCGCGAUUUUAAGAAGAUGCCCCCGUCGGCCCUGGCCCGCUGUGUCCUGGCCGCCAUCCCACGUCAGGUGGUGGAGUACUACGGCAGCCGUGGCAUUGCCCCUGGGCCCCGCCGGCCCCGCCCCCAGUGAAGUGGCUCCACCCCCAUCCUGGUGCCGCCGCCACCGACCUGCUGAGAUCCACACGCCCCACCCCUGCCUGGGGGGAGGGGCCCCCACCCCAGGGACCCCCCGACGCAGGCGAAGGGGGGCAGUGCCCAGCCCCCGACUGCUCCCACAGGGGGGGCGACCCCCUGGGGAUCCCUCCACAGCACACCCGCACGCCCCUCCCUGACCUUUGACCCUAACUCCAGCCUCCCUCCCCUGCACUUAUAUCUGUCCCCAAAGGGGAUCUCUCCUGAAUCCUGGCUCCUGUCCCCCAGCUCUCCAAUAAAGCAGUCCCCACAGUUACAGCUUG